AUGAAGCAGGCGUUGGUUGAAGGGGCUGAUCGGCUGAACGGGCCUCAUAUGUUCGAGCAGGGGUCUGGGCAGUUAAAUCUCCUGCGAUCCCACGCCAUUCUAGCAAGCUACACCCCACGGGCAUCUGUCCACCCAGCUUCUCUCGACCUCACAGACUGCCCCUACUCCUGGCCGUGGUGCUGCCAGCCCCUCUUUGCCUCCUCCCUCCCUCUCAUCAUCAACGCCACUGUCUUGAACGGCAUGGGGGUCACCGGCUGGCUCGCUGCCCCGCCUGUGUGGGUUCCCACGGAGGUCAACCUCACCAGCACUGCCACAGACGGCGGUUCUGCUGCAGAUGGUGGCUCUGUGAACAUGUCCACAGCGAACUCUUCCUCUGCUUCGUCUUCCUCUGCCUCUCCGCCUCCCCAUCGGGUGCUACAUGUGCGCUUCUCCUACCCGGCGGUGCUGUGGCCGUGGUCCGGCAAUCUGGGGAUCUACCUGCGGGUGCACCCCGCUGCAAGGCACCUCAACGCAUGGGAAUAUACCUGGCUGAGAGUGCAUCCCGGUGCAAGACACCUCAACGCAUGGGAAUAUACCUGGCUGAGAGUGCAUCCCGGUGCAAGACACCUCAACGCAUGGGAAUAUACCUGGCUGAGAGUGCAUCCCGGUGCAAGACACCUCAACGCAUGGGAAUAUACCUGGCUGAGAGUGCAUCCAGGUGCAAGACACCUCAACGCAUGGGAAUAUACCUGGCUGAGAGUGCAUCCCGGUGCAAGACACCUCAACGCAUGGGAAUAUACCUGGCUGAGAGUGCAUCCCGGUGCAAGACACCUCAACGCAUGGGAAUAUACCUGGCUGAGAGUGCAUCCCGGUGCAAGACACCUCAACGCAUGGGAAUAUACCUGGCUGAGAGUGCAUCCCGGUGCAAGACACCUCAACGCAUGGGAAUAUACCUGGCUGAGAGUGCAUCCCGGUGCAAGACACCUCAACGCCACCCAUCGCACCACCAACUGCUCGCUGCCCCUCCGCGUUGCCAUCAUGCCCACACCCGCCCGCCACCGCCGCGUGCUGUGGGACCAGUUUCACAACGUGCGGUACCCCCCAGGGUACAUCCCCAGGGACUCUCUGGAUGUGCGGAAUGACACGGGGACCACACUGUUUCUUCUCCUGCUCUCCGCCUCUCUGCCUCUCCUCUGCCUCUCCCCACCCCCUCUCCCGUACAGGGAUUCUCUAGACGUGCGGAACGACAUUCUGGACUGGCACGGCGACCACCCCCACACCAACUUCCACGGGCUGUUUUCCGCUCUGAGGGAGUGGGGAUUCACGCUCGAGGUGUUGAGAGACUCACUAGAUGUGAGGAAUGACAUCCUGGACUGGCACGGGGACCACCCCCACACCAACUUCCACGGGCUGUUUGCCGCUCUGAGGGAGUGGGGCUUCACGCUCGAGGUGCUGGGGUCGCCCCUGACGUGCUUCGACGUGCGGGAGUAUGGCGCACUGCUGAUGGUGGAUAUGGAAGAGGAAUACCAUGCAGACGAGAUAGCCAAGUUGCACCAUGACGUGACAGCACUCGGCCUGGGCCUGAUAGUGGUGGGAGACUGGUACCACGUGCCCACCAUGAAGCACAUGCGCUUCUUUGAUGACAACACUCGCUCCUGGUGGACGCCUGCUACCGAUGGUGCACCCCUGCAUGCACUAUCACCCCAUCCCCAUGCCACCAUGAAGCACAUGCGCUUCUUUGAUGACAACACUCGCUCCUGGUGGACGCCUGCCACUGGUGGGGCCAACGUACCAGCCCUCAACGACCUUCUCUCUCCGUUCGGAAUCGCGUUCGGUGAUGCCAUUCACUCUGGCACCUUCCCUGUUCUUGCCCGCCAUGUGACUCUUAAGUUCUAA